AUGGCUUCUCAUUUGAGUGAUAGGUUUCUCUGGUUAUGUCUGGGCGUGUCUCUCUUCUUUGCCGUCCGCGGAAUUGCUGCGGAUCUCCGCCGCGUGAGUGAUUUGACGGAAAUCAAGCAUGUCGAAAAGGAAGACAAGAUAAUCAGUGAGGGCACAGAGGAUGCUCUCAAGCUAGAUACACUCUUAAAGCUGUCCGAUAGCACAAGUUACGACCUUCGUGCUGCGGCACUGCGCAUCAUUGCGGAGCGAUCUACAAAAGGCUCGACGCGAGAUUUGCUUCUAAAAGACCUGGCAAGCAAAAAUAAAGAGCGAAGAGGUAGAGCGCUAACUGCGCUAUACUUCCUGCUAUCUAAUAGAGCGCUUGCACGAACCGCUGUCUGUUCUCGCCUGAAAGACCUCUCUACCUACACUGCCCUCGUCGAUUGUUUGUGCAAUUUCCUCAAGGAGCAUGUUGAAGAAACCUCUACCACCGAUUCGCCUAUCCUGCCAAAAACGAGACCGUUGGGCGAGAAAAAAGCACUCAGCAUUCUCAAUUUGAUUCUGCGAGAAAAUAUUCCUGCCGCACUGGAAGCUGGUGUGGUCAGUCGUUGGCUUUCUAAAUACCCAUUCCCGUGUGCUUUGACAACCCCGUCGCGGAGGCAGGACGUGGUGAUACUCAUGAAGACUUGGUGGUCUGAUGACACGAUCAUGAGUGAAAUAUUCAGCACGCUAUCAUCUCACCCUGAUGGUACAAAACAAUUAAGAAAGUAUGGUCUAAUGGGCAGUAUGAUGGAGGAGAAUGACCAUGAUGAUGAUGAAGAAGAUAGCGAUGUAUGGAUGAUCGAUGGCGAAGAUACAGCCGGGUCGAGGCGCCUUUCAGGGAGGAGGCUUCGCGGGGGAACCGCAGAAGAACAAGCCGUCAGGAGGCGCAGGAGGGAAGCCAUGGUGUUGAGCGAUGGAGUUCAUCCUUUGAACAAUGACGAUAUCUUUCAAAUACCUAUCGCAGAAUGA